AAAGCAAGAACAUUUAAAUCAAAAGCCUCUCCCACUUCUACUCAACUCAUCUUUCUUCUUAAAGACUCGACCUUUCUACUUCUCUCCCUUCCAAUUCAAUACCCUUUUGAUUCUUCUUCACCUCUCGCGCCUCUCUAGCUCUCAGAAACUUGAUGGGUUCUCUGUGAUUCCAACUCUUUGUGUAGAGCUGCUGAGGUUUUUGACUUGAACUGGGCUCAAAGGUUUUGAUUUUCCAUGAAGCCUUUUGAAAAGAAUGAAGCUGAUUUGGAAGAUGGAAAGUUGGACAAAGACAGAGUUAAAACACCACGAAGUAAUAAGGUGGUCAAAAUACAAAACCAGGCCCUGUUGUCUGGUCUUGCGUAUUGCAUAUCUUCAUGCAGCAUGAUACUAGUUAACAAAUUUGUGCUCUCCAGUUAUGAUUUUAAUGCUGGAAUUUCUUUGAUGCUGUACCAGAACUUCAUCUCCGUUAUUAUAGUGUCUACAUUAAGUUUGCUGGGGGUAAUAUCAACAGAACCACUAACAUGGAGAUUGGUUAAGGUCUGGUUGCCUGUGAAUGUUAUAUUUGUUGGGAUGCUCAUUACAAGCAUGUUUAGCUUGAAGUACAUCAAUGUAGCGAUGGUCACAGUCCUGAAGAAUGUUACUAAUGUGAUAACUGCUGUUGGUGAAAUGUAUCUGUUUCAGAAGCAUCAUGACAGCAGAGUAUGGGCAGCUCUGUUUCUAAUGAUAAUCUCUGCAAUUUCGGGAGGGGUGACUGAUUUAUCUUUUCAUGCAAUCGGCUAUGCGUGGCAACUUGCCAACUGUUUCUUAACUGCAUCUUAUUCUCUGACUCUACGGAGAGUCAUGGAUACAGCAAAGCAUGUUACAAAAUCUGGAAAAUUGAACGAGUUUUCUAUGGUCCUGCUAAAUAACUCCCUUUCUUUGCCUCUUGGGAUUCUUCUUAUUUUUGUUUUCAAUGAGGUCGAUUAUCUCUUUACCACCCCACUACUGAGAUUGCCAUCCUUCUGGUUGGUAAUAACACUAAGUGGAAUUUUGGGUCUGGCAAUCAGCUUCACUUCAAUGUGGUUUCUUCAUCAAACAGGUGCUACAACAUACAGCCUUGUAGGUUCACUGAAUAAGAUCCCCCUAUCUGUUGCCGGUAUCGUACUUUUCAAGGUCCCGACCAGUUUAGAGAACUCUGCAAGCAUAUUCUUUGGUCUUUUGGCGGGAGUAUUUUUCGCUAGAGCCAAAAUGCGGGAGAGAUCUUAAUCUGGAACAGCUUUAACUUGUUUGUAUUACUUGAUGAUGAAAUGUUUUACAAUGGGAAAACCAUUCUGCUUUAACAUCUCAUGCUUCAACUCUUGGAAAUCAUUGAGAUAUUCUCAUGAAGUCUGGUGAAGUGACUGAUAAACAAGCAAGGAAGAUUUUGCCUAUUUGAGUGUGCUGUGGUAUAGUAUCUGGGAGUUCCCCUCUAACGUCAACAGGCCUCCGGGAAAUGUUGUAUUUUAUUAUAUGAAUAGCUCAGAACCUUACCACUAAUUUUUUUCACCAAUUUGUAUUGUGCAUUUGUGCUGCAACUCAUUCUUAUGUAAUAUGUAUCAUCUUUUCUAGUCUUAUUCAAACAAUAUCUCUGUAAUUCAUAUGCGAAAUUAAAAGAUAGAAGAGCCUCAUGCUAAUGGU